CUAUCAAUUAUAUUGUGAGCUUAAUUUCUAUUUGAUCUUUUUGUCACAGCCAUUAUUUCUCAAAAGGUGUUUGAGUUAUAAACUACAUGAAAGCUAUAAAGGGAGAAUACAAAUGAAAGUAGUACUACCGGUGUUGCUAAAUGCCAAUCCCAACAUUCAAAGGGAGCGUCCUGUUUGGGUGCUCUUGGCCAUGAAAGCUUCCAGCCAUGCUGAGUUGGCUACUCAUGAGCAACUAGCACAUUUCUUGACCCAAAUCCUAGGGUUAGAUCCAUCAAAUGCAGUCAAAGAUUUAAACCCAUUUCUAUCACCUUUUCCAUUCAAUCCAUUCUCAGAAUUGGCAUGAAUUGUAGAGCUGUGUGAUUUUUCCAUGAUUCGCCUCAUUUUCCCCCCACCAUAUUCUGUUGUCCAGCUCGUAUUUCUUCAAUCGUCUGGUUUUGCGAUGCUGUGUGUUGUUCCCAGUUCGUCUUCAACCGAUGGAUCCGGCUAUUUUCCAUGUUCGAUUCUUGAUUGGCAUCUCGUGCAAGCCAGGAUUGACAGAUUGUUGUUUAUCGAGUCUGGUCGGAAUUGCUACACAAAUCGAUGAGUCCAGAAUCGAAUUGCGCUCCGAUACCAUUGAAUUGCAUUGAACGCCUACACAAAUCUCUACCCUUCCUACCAUAUUUGGAUCACAGUUGGAGGUGUUCCACUAUGGACGACCACGGAUGCUAUACACUGGUAUCCCAGCAAACUUCCUGCUCCCCACAAAGGAUGAACUCAAACAGAUGGAUAUUUCCCGUCUUUUCGUCAUCUUCAUCACCUCUGCUAAGCUCGCCGGGAAUUCUGUGGACUCAUUGCCAUUUCCGUCGAGCGUUGAAGGCGAUUGCUUGGUCGGAAGGCUGUCCGUUGAUUUGCUUCUCCGAAUAUGGAUUUCCACCAAGAGCUGGAGCUUAGGCGAGACUUCCGACUUUUAUGCAGGUGUUGAUCUUGAACCCUGCCAUUUGAAGCCGAUCCUCUAUGAAGGCGUAACUCCUGCGUUCGGGCUCGCGUGCACACAUGGAGUCCUGGUUGACAAGGAUACAUUGAAGCCGCUUUGUGCGUUAAUUUCUGCAAUAGAACUGGGCGUGACAGAGGGAAGCCCUGAUGAGUCUUGUGCAUACACCGGAAAUCCAAGCAAUUCCUUGCCUAAUCUCUUUAGGCUAAGGAGUGGGAAUGUUAUCUUCAAUUAUAGGCAACUUGACAGCAAGUUAUUAACAAGUGAAGUAACCGAGGAUUUUUCAUGUCCUUUCUGCUUGAUGAAAUGUGCAAACUUUAAGGGACUCAAAUGCCACUUAUCUGCGUCUCAUGAUCUUCUCAAAUUUGAGUGCCUGGUGACUGAAGAACACCAAUACAUAAAUGUAUAUCUGAAUUUCAAAACAUGGAGUCCUGAGAUUGUUGGUCAUGGUGUUAACAUUCGGAAACAGCCAUUCUUCUUCUGUUCAAAGUCUCUAAGGCGGAGAAGGUUACGGAAUGUGGUUCAAAAUGCAAAGCAGAUACGUACACAUGUAUUGGAUUUGAACAUGCACAAAGAAGUCACUGAGCAUAAGUGCAAUGCAAAUGAUGGUACAGAUAAACGUGCAGAUCCUGAUUAUGUGCAGACUGAACCUGGAAGCUGUCCACCCACCAAAGGGCUUCAACACAAUAAUGCUUUUUGUGGUCAAGAUUCAUAUGAUGCUCCUGAUUUUGUGCAGCCAGAAUCGGUGUUGCAGACUCCACCUCCUGUAGAGCUUCAACACGCAAACACAGGGAAGGUGGCAUCAGUCCAUCAUGACUCAAAUAACCUUAAACUCUUGCAGGAAGGAAAAUUCUUUCACUCACGAACUGCUCAGCCAAUGACUUUGGAGGAAGUGCUUUCUGACUAUGAUAGUGAGGAUGAUACAGAUUAUGAUAUUGAAGAUAUUGAAGAUCAAAGGAUGUUUUCUGAAUUCACUGAUGUAUCCAAGGAUGCGAAGCACAUGAUGCUUCUAUGGAACUCGUUUGUUAGAAGGAAUAGGGUCCGGUUCGGGUGUCAUAUAAAAUGGGCAUGCGAGGCUUUCACAAAACUCCAUAUUAGACUUUUUAUCCAAGCUCCAAUGGUGCUUUGGUGGUGGAGACUAUUCACGAUCAAACUAUGGAAUCACGGCCUCCUCGAUGCCAAGACCAUAAACACUUGUAACGUCAUCAUACUCCAGGACCAGGAGUUACAUAGCUCCGGCCUGAAAUCUUGAUCCUUGUAUAAACACCAAAAGUCACCAGCUCUCUGACUCUGGGCAUAAACUAUGGAAUGUAUGUUUGGACACAAAUUCAUGUUUUUUUUCACCCUUUUAUUUUGGUCUCCCCCCUAGCAUUUUUUGAAAUGUUAUUGUGGUCCAAUAAUAAUUUGGCUAUUGC